AUGUAAAAUAAUUGCAAACUGUGUGGGUAGAGUUAACAAAUGCUCAUUCUAGAGAAACUGCAAUUGAAAUAUUUCGAAGCCUUCAACUUCUACUUUGCAAAACCCAUCAAUGAAAUUCUAUCUCAAAUACCUAAUACUCCUCAUGUAAUCUAUUUUAAGGAUUAUGUGAUAUUAGAUGAACAAUAAGAAUACAUGAAAAGAUAUUACAACAAAGACGAAGUCAAACCCAGACUAGAUAUUUUGACAGACUUUUAUGUGACAAAUUACAAAGAGGUUCAUCCCAACUUACUAGUUGUUGAGAGUCAUGCUUUGCUGACAAAAAGAAACAAGAAAAUUGAUAAACUAUAUUAUUAGAGAAUGCAAGAGAGUGAAAAUCACACUCAAUCAUAGAAUCCUGUUGUUGUUAAUAAUGUCCUCAAUUCAAAACUAUCAUCUAAAUCUCAAAUCAGUUACGAGACUGAAGAACACGAUAUCUAUUCUUCUGAGGAUCAACCACAGAAACAAAAUCGCUUAGAUUUCAAAGGCAUUAGUCUCCUCAACGAUUUUGAAGACAGCAAAUUAUAUCAUGAAUUAUUGGAUAAGCAAUAUCACACUAUUAAUAAAAUGACCAACAAAAAUAAAUUACUCUCUCCAAAUUUUUACAUCAGGUCUCCUCCCCUAAGUCAAUAAAACAUUUAAACCAACCUCAUUAAGGAUCUGCAUACAAUGAAAAGUGUCCAGAGAAGAACCAAUAAUAUGGAUCUCAGGGAGAAGAAGGCAAUUUUCGCUAAUUCCAAGAGCGAAUCAAAGCAUUCUCAAUCGAGUUUCAAGAUUUCAAAAAUCAAAGACUCAGUCGAUCAACAAGUUGAUUAGUUUUGUGAUUGUGUCAACGGAUAAAUUGAGCCAUCUGACAUGGAAGGUAAGAAUAAGAUGUCUAGAAUUCAGAGUGAUAAUUUCACUAUUUAAAAGAUGCUUAAGGAAUAUUAGGGUAAUCAGAAAAGAUAAUUAAAAUCCACAAUUUCAUAAGACCAAUUAGUUGCAAGUACAUCUACUCUUAUAUAGGGAUUUUAAGGUUCUUAAAAAAGUAUUAAAUAAGAUCAAAAUAACAAUAAUGGUAGUAUAUAAAAUAUAUCAUAAAGACAAGAAUAAAUUAAGAAAGUCUAUUAACCAGUCUCAUAAAAAAAAAUAAACUAAAAUUAAUUAGAUCGAAUCACAAAAGGAGGUUGUCUAACUGAUAGAAAUAUGAAAUAGUUGCCCAUUUCUGAAGACUUGUUUACCAAGUUGCAUGAUAUCAAAAUCAAAAGUUCAUAAAAUGCAGAAUCCAUCAAAAAACCUGAAUCCAAUUACAUGAUACCCUCUCAGUAUAAUGCAAUGUCCACUUUCAAAGUAGCCAACAAUAACAAAGCCAAAUCUCAAUACACCAAGAAAACUGCAGGAUUUGAUUUCGCUACCAAAUCAUAACAUUAGCAAUAGGCGAAUCAUAGCCAAUCGAAAUUACUGAAUAUCAACACACAAAAAACAGAUGAUAUUGUAAAAAAGUACAUUUAAUUGGCCACCCAAUCUAUAUAAAAUCAUAAAAAAUUUGAUUUCAAAUUGAAUCUUUAAAACUUAAAUAAUCAUAACGAACCUCAUUUAGAUGAAGAAUUCUGUAUUUAUAACACAUUAUUUUUAACUAGAAAACAAACGUCUAAAUUUUCUUACUGA